CAAGCUAAGCUACCAUACUUCCAUUCUAACAAUAAGCAUUCAUACAUCAUUAGCCAGAAGAGGAAACCAAAAUGAAGCUGUCUUCAUCAUCAUCAACACUUGUUAUUGGCAUGGUUUUGGCCAUGUUGCUGACGGCAACAUUAGCCCAAAACUGUGGAUCCCAAGCCGGCGGAAGGACAUGCGCCGGAAACCAUUGCUGCAGCCGCUGGGGGUAUUGUGGCCUUACAUGUGCCCACUGUGGAGGUGGGUGUCAAAGCAACUGCCACCCCGACUGUGGUCCCGUCAAGUUUGACAACGAAACCGAUGUCGUUGUUAAUGCCAAACCUUGAUUUGGAUGGCGCGCGGUUCCGAUAUAUCGUUAAGAUCAAACACUGUAUGUUCGAACGUGUCGCUAUAUAAUGCAUGCAUGCUCUAAUAAGUUUGUUCUUAUAAGUUUAUGCCAAUAAUAAAUUGUGACAUACACAUAUCGAGACACUAGCAUAGUAUACUAUGUGAUCGAUUGUGUAUGUUAUGAGAGAGUAAUAAAGUAGUGGUUUGUGU